AUGUCAUACACAAACCAAAAAGUCUCAAGCCCUGUUCUUGGCCAGAGAAACUUCGCGUAUGCGAAAAAUUACUUUACCGCCAGAAGCCCAAUCCUAGGUGAGAGAGAUGGCUCUGAAGAUGUACCAGACAAUGUCUCUGUAACCAGUACCGCUGCUCCAAUUCCCGGAAUGUCUCGUGGAAAGCCAACAGGUCGCUCUUGGCCAUGGCAACGAACUACCACCUCAAGAAAACCACUUACAGCUAUGGCAAGACCAGGACCUGAACGCCAAUUGAGCUCAUCUCCUGAAUAUACUCCUGCAAGCCCAGGCUUUGCUCCCGUAGACUUUAACAAUCCACGCUCUGCUGAAGCUGCGCCCAGAAGCUCAAACUUUAACCCAAGCUCUUCCAAUCCCCCAAGCGCCCUUUAUGCUCACUAUCAACCCCAACUCCAAACCCCAACAUUGGGCCCUUCUUUUCUCCCCGAUUAUCAAUCUCUGGGAAUGCAUUAUCGGGAACACUUUACUUCUUAUAGUGCCAGACCACAAAACUCCUUUGCAAUGCAAUCACGACAACCCAUGCUUCCAAGCAUUGCAAGUGAUUUACUCCAAAAGCAGGGAAGCAUGAACAACUCGAAUUUUUCAUGGAUACAUUCAAAGGUUUCUAGCAGAAAGCGAACAUUCGAAGAGGAAGAUGAUGAUUUCUUUGCACCACCUUCUAAGAGACGUGAGUAUAGUGUAACACGACCGUUCGGACUUUACAAUGAGACCACUGCUGGGUCAGCAAGCCAGACACUUCAAGAUUCUCGCAAUAGAGUCUACCCCAGUGGCAACCGCAGCUUCACUCCUGCUCAUGGAUAUGUUGAGAUGAACAAUUCUAGAACUCCCGCAAACUCGGAUAUCUAUGCUGGAAUGGUUUACCAAGAAGCACCUUCAACACCGAGAGGACGUGCUGCCGAUGAGUAUAACAACAGACCUCUAGCAACAUUCCCAUAUGAGGUUGAAUACGCUACUACUGAGACGGCGUAUGGACCCAAUUAUUCAGGCACACCUGGUUUGGUAAUUCAACAGAAGCCGGUCUCUACUCUUACUCGUGGCACCAGUUCACGCAAUUCCGCUGUUGCUCCCAAUUACAGAUAUCGCCCACAAACCUCUAUGCAACUUCCGCCACUUGCCACUCUAUUCACUGGUUUCAAAUCUCACGAAUCAUCACCUAGCUCGAACAAUAAUUAUUCCAUGGAGCCUCAAAACAAUGUUAACCAUGGCAAUAUUUUGAGCCCAUCACCACAGCGUACCAUUCGCGCCGAAGUUUUUCACUCCCUCGAGGCCCGACAUGGCUCCGUUGAUUCGGAUACUGUUGAUCCUUUGAUCCUCUCUUCGUAUGCUCCUUCUCCUGCUUUAUCAGAGGACUCUACUCAUGACGCAGAGAACCAAAACUCGAAUGAAAACUCUCCCGUCGCAUCCCCCCAAGAAGAAGAUCCAAUCGACAGACAAUCGACAGAUUCCGCCACUCUUGCUGAAGAUACUCCUCGACAAUCCAUCGAGGCCCCUGAUAAUUUCGACAAUGAAUCAGUGGUCUCAUAUCAUCCCAGUGACAACGAUGACGAUGAAAAUCACAGCCAGUCAGCAACCCUCGAUCAAGAUGUAAGAGGUCACCAAAUUCAACAAAUAUUAACAAGACACGGCAAAUUUUUUGAGGAUCUUGCCACCCGAAAGAGUGACUAUUCCAUCGAACUCCCAUUUUUAAUUGACGACGUAGAAACAUUAAAACAAACAACCAAAGAGCAAUCCGACAAAAACACAGAAUUGCGCAAGGAAAUCCGCACACUCAAUGCACAAGCUUCCACCCAAUUUGCGUUUUACGUUGAUAUGACCAAGGUGGCGCUUGAACGACCCGAUCCAUCCCAGAUUAAUGAUGAACACAUCAAUCGCCUCAUUCAGCAAAGUGUGGAAGCAGGAAACAAGACUGCGGAUCAUGCCACUGUGAAUAACGCAGAGGUACUUGCGACUUUGCGGAGAGAAGUCACCGAACUUCAGAAUAGUGUCCUCAAAAUGCAAAACGAGGCAUUGAUGAAGCAGGUUGAGGAUUUGCGCGCGCUCAGAGAUCUUUAG